AUGCCUCCUUCUAUCCACAAAUGGAAUCAUCCAUACGCCAUCUUAUCAACCGUGGCUUUUCCUCACAAGAAUAUACUAUUUGCCGGAACCCAUGACUCCAAAAUUCUUUGUCUCGACCUUUCGACGUACAAUCUGGUCAAAACUAUUCGCCUCGGGGAUGAAGAAGGAACUCAUACAAAAUCUAGCGUGUUAUGCGUGACGAAGUCGCAGGACGAAUGCUACCUUUUCACCGCGGGUGCAGAUUCGUUAGUGAGAAUCUGGUCGGUAGACCAAUUAACUCCCAGUGGAGACAUCGGGGUCGUGGAAGUGGCAACAAUGUACUCACUGAUGGACAUUGGUGACAUAUUUUCUCUAAGGUAUUUGGACAAGAGCCAGACUGUUGUGCUCGGAUGUCAAAACGCUAAUAUGCUGUACAUGUCCGGAAUUUUGGAUCGCCUAAGUCAAGAAGCUCAAAGCCAAGAUCUCAAUCGUUUGCCACAUCGCCGGUACGAUCGCUUUUUCGACUCUACGGGUCCUGGAAGUCAGGCAAGUUCGUUGAAUCAGCCGAUAGAGCACACUCGGACUUCUGUCAAUCACACAAUCAUGGAGAUACCGUUGAACAACAUCAUUAUCUAUGCUCAUAAUAGCUUUAUUUAUUGCAUUGACCUACUACCCACAGAUGAAGGAAAGCUACCAAGUAACUUUUACCCCGAGGACCCAUGCGCCAAGGACACCGAGUUCAUUGUCUCAAGCGGGGGGGACGGCAUAAGUAAAGUUUGGGCUUUUUCUAAGAGAACUGAAAAUACUAUUGAUGUUAACUUAAUUGCUCAAAUGGAUAAUGAAGGAAGUGUGCUGUGCCAGGUCGUCGAAUUCCCAUUCCUCUACUGCGGUCUCAAUGAUGGCUACGUGAAGAUAUGGGAUUUAAACUUGAAGGAGUUAGUUUCCGUCCUCCGGGCUCCAAGUGGAUAUGACAUAGUAUCCGUGACUGUACACGAGGAUCAUAUACUAGCGGCAAGCCAGGAGGGUAUCACUGAAUUUUACAAGAAUGAGGUAAAUGAGUGGGACAUUGAGCACGGGCUUAUUUUGAGCACUGAGCUUUUACACAAAGAACAUAAUGGCUACUCCCAUUUGAGGCUUGUCACUGGUGCCAAAUGCGGGUGUCUAUCAUUAUGGAAUAUUAAUGAACUUGGGUGCCAAGGACUAAAUAACGAAACGGCCCCGCAAGAAGCUCAAGACCAAUCCGCUUUGAUCUCGAAAUUGUGGCCGAACCGUCAACCUCUUCUUGACAAUGACAGUAUGCUUGAAACAUUAAGAGAGUUGGUAAAUUUCAAAACUGUAUCUGCAUCAUCGGAAAAUCAGUACAUCAUUGAUUCUCGUCGAUGUGCUUCAUAUUUACAGCAAUGUUUCACUAAAUUAGGUGCUGUCUGUGAAUUACUGCCCAUCUCAGGUAACAAUAAUCCACUGGUACACGCUAGGUUCAACGGUUCUUCUAGCGCAAAGUCGAAAAUUGUUUGGUAUGGCCACUACGACAUCAUAACUGCAGGUGACGCCAGUAAAUGGGAAACUGACCCUUACACUCUGACUUGCGAAAACGGUUACCUUAAAGGUAGAGGCGUCACAGACAAUAAGGGCCCUUUGGUUGCAGCAAUGUAUAGUGUGGGCUCUUUGUUCCUGGAGGGCGCUCUCGAAAACGAUGUUAUUUUUUUGGUCGAGGGGCAAGAAGAGUCUAAUUCACAGGGGUUCGUAGAAGCUAUCAAACAGCAUCGCAGCUUAAUAGGUGACAACGUGGACUGGAUUCUGUUUAGCAAUUCGUACUGGAUUGAUGAAAAGAUUCCCUGUCUCAACUACGGCUUGCGUGGUGUGAUAAACUCGCGUGUUACCUGCUGGAGCGAUGCUCCUGAUAGACAUUCAGGUCUUGAUGGGGGUGUUGAUAGGGAACCUACCACGGAUCUUGUACGUGUACUUUCAGCACUACAAGAUGAUGAGGGUAAUGUUGUGAUUCCCGGCUUUUAUUCGUCCGUAAAGGAACCGGACACUGAGGAAAAGGAACAUUUUAACGAAGUUUUGAAGCGGGCCGACACCUGUAAGUCACUGCCGCUUGAAAAGCUUCUCGCUAAAUGGAUAAAGCCUUCUUUAUCUGUGACAAAUGUUAAGGUGAGUGGUCCUGGCAAUGCCACGGUAAUACCGCAUAGCGCUUCUGCCACCAUCUCCAUUAGAAUUGUCCCAGAUCAAGAUGUUAAGGAAGUGCAAGUGUCUUUGGAACGCUUUCUCGUAGAAAAGUUUGGAAAAUUGAAAACAUCAAACCAUUUAAAGUUUGAAUUACUUAAUGACGCUGAGCCAUGGCUCGGAGAUCCUAAAAACACAGCCUAUAAAAUCUUUGCUGAAGAAGUUCAAAGGGCAUGGGGUGUUGAUCCGCUAUUGGUUAGAGAAGGCGGCUCUAUACCCCAAGUUCGUUUCUUAGAACGCGCUUUGAGCGCACCGGCCGUACAGAUCCCAUGUGGCCAAAGCUCUGAUAAUGCGCACUUAGACAAUGAAAGACUGCGAAUUGAAAAUUGGUACAAAAUGCGUGAAAUAAUGAAGCAAGCUCUGAAUAGGUUAUAA